UUGAUCUUCAGCCACUUUCACCUAACCUCAAACUCAAAAAUAAAAAAAUGAGAAACAAAAAUAUCAAACGCAUAAAAAAUCAAACUUUGACCGUCUUCUUCUCCUUGGUAUUCAUUGAAAUGCAAGAACUUUCGUUAAAUAACAAGAAGAAGUGCAAUAUUAGCAAAAAGAAAGACUCAAAAGGACUUCAUCUUUUAUGGGGUUUGAGCCAAAAAAGAAAGAAAGCUAAAAUUUUUGAGAGAGAUUGUGACUUGUGAGGAUGAGGAGUGCGAAAAAAGCUGCAGAAGAAGCAAUAGAGGCAAUUGGGUUAGGAUAUGAUCUGGGUUUUGAUUUAAGGCUUAAGUAUUGCAAGAAAAACUCACCAAGAUUGAUAGUGAUUAAUGAUGAUGGUAAACAAGUGCAUAAUAUGGUGAUUCCUGGUGGGUUUUCUAUUCCUGAUGUUCCUAAAUCUAUCAAAUGUGAUAAAGGCGAGCGUUUGAGGUUUAGUUCUGAUGUUCUUUCUUUUCAACAGAUGUCAGAGCAGUUCAACCAGGAAUUAUCUCUUUCUGGAAAAAUUCCUUCGGGCCAUUUCAAUUCUGCGUUUGAAUUUUCAGGAGUUUGGCAGAAAGAUGCUGCCAAUACUAAAGCCCUUGCUUUUGAUGGCGUUAACAUCACUCUUUACAGCAUUGCACUAGAUAAGUCACAGGUGGUGCUAUGUGAUCAUGUUAAAGAAGCUGUACCAUCAUCAUGGGAACCUGCUGCAUUGGCAAGUUUUAUUGAGAAGUAUGGUACGCAUGUUAUUGUUGGCAUCAAAAUGGGCGGAAAGGACAUGAUAUGUAUGAAGCAACAACAUUCAUCGCCUCUCCCACCUGUUGAUGUACAGAAAAAAUUAAAGGAUAUGGCUGACAAAAUGUUUGUAGAUGGUGGAAGGAGUACCAUGAAUUCUGAUAAAUUUUAUGACAGAGAAAAGGUUCUCCAGCUGCAGGGGCUGUCAUUCAUGGACCAAUUGCCAUCUAGUUCUUAUUCCCAGACAGAGCACAUUAAAUUCAUUAGCAAGCGCAAAGGUGGAAAUAAAAACCUACCACACAAGGAGUGGUGUCAGACUGUUCAGACCGAACCUGAUGUUAUCUCAAUGUCAUUUGUGCCAAUCACAUCAUUAUUGAGUGGAAUCAAUGGGAGUGGAUUUUUGACCCAUGCCAUCAAUCUCUAUAUCCGUUAUAAACCACCACUUGAUGAAUUACACCAGUUUUUGGAGUUUCAGCUUCCAAGGCAAUGGGCACCAGUAUUUGGUGAGCUUGCCCUUGGUCCUGACAGGAAGCAACAAAGUAACGCAUCUUUGCAGUUCAGCCUCAUGGGUCCUAAGCUUUAUGUUAACACAACACCAGUUGAUGUGGGGAAGAAGCUGGUUACUGGCCUUAGACUGUACUUAGAAGGUAAAAGAAGCAACUGCUUAGCGAUUCACUUGCAGCACCUAUCUUCACUGCCGAAGACCUUCCAGCUUGCAGAUGAACGAGGUGGCAACAUUUCAGAUUUCUCCUCUGACCGCAGAUAUUAUGAGAAAGUGAAAUGGAAGAGCUUCUCCCAUAUCUGCACAGCCCCUGUUGAGUCGGAAGAUGAUCUCUCGAUUGUCACCGGGGCACAGUUUGAAGUUGGAGAGUCUGGUUUGAAAAAAGUUUUAUUUUUGCGGCUCCAAUUUUCUAGAGUUAUCGGUACCACAACUCUGAGGAGGUCUGAAUGGGAUGGUUCCCCUGCCUUGAACCAGAAGUCUGGAAUAAUGUCCACAUUGAUCAGUACUCGUUUCUCAAGUGCUCAGAAACAACCUCCUCCACAACCAGUGGUAAACAUAAACUCAGCCGUGUACCCAGGAGGUCCCCCAGUCGCUGCCCAGACCCCUAAACUUUUGAAGUUUGUUGACACAACAGAGAUGACAAGAGGACCGCAAGACACACCUGGAUACUGGGCCGUGUCUGGGGCAAAGCUUAAUGUAGAUAAGGGAAAAAUCUCUCUUCGAGUCAAGUAUUCUCUAUUGCCUUUGGUUUUACCUGAUGAUGAUGUAUCAAUAGAGAUGUAACUUGUUAUUUUGAAAUGGGAGAGUGAAAGAGAGAUUUUAUGCAGGUAAACAAGAUCUUAACAGGGUUUGUAUUCGUUGGGGUAAGGAUUUCUAUGAGAAAUUCAGUGGGGGGUGGUUGCGUACAAAUCUUCUAUUCUAUUAUGUAAUCUCUGCAGAGCUUUCAGUCUUUCAUGCUGUUUGUGAAUAUAUUGAUGCCUGAUAUUAAAGAUUUGCAACGGUUUCUUUUU